CGCGGAGCUGUCGGCCCCAGUCGACGCGUGGUCUUCGUCGCUGUCCGGUGGACGUCGCCCCUCGAGAUGCCGGACUUCCACAAGUUCCUGAUCGACGGCCAGCCGCCCAGCUUCACGAUGGGCGCCGAGACGCUCACUCUGGAGCUGGGACUCCUGGGGGAGGAGUACGAGCUGAAGGCCGCGAAGGAGCUGAGGGAGACUCCGGAAGUCGUGGACGAGUCCUUGCGCCAGUUCCGCCAGCUCGUCAGGGGCGAGAAGGACCUGGUCGUGCCCUUGGACGACGAGAGCUUCCUGCUGAUGUUCCUGAGGCCGUGCAAGUUCUACCCGCAAGCAGCCUUCGAUAAGCUGAGGAGCUACUACCGCUUCGUGCAGAAGAACCCCAAGCUGUCGGCGAACCUGACUCCACUGCACAACUCGGCGGUGUUCGCGCAGGACCUGCUGACGAUCUUGCCGAGGAGGGACCAGCACGGGCGCAGGAUCAUGCUGCUGGAGGUCGGCAGGAAGUGGAAGACGGACAUGGUGUCAGUCGUGGACCUGCACCGAGCCAUCUGGAUCGCGAUGGAGGUGGCGAAGCUGGAGCCCAGGACGCAGGUGGCUGGAUCCGUCGUCAUCCUGGACAUGCAGGACUUCGGCAUGAAGCAAGUGUGGCAGGUGUCGCCCAGCUUCGCCGCCAACCUGGCGCACUGGGUGCAGGAGUGCAUCCCAGUGCGGCUGAAGGGUGUGCACAUCGUGAGGCAGCCCUACGUGUUCAACAUGGCGUUCACCAUCUUCAAGCCCUUCCUGCAAGAGAAGCUGCGCAACAGGAUCCACUUCCACGGCUGUGAUUGGCGCGCGCUGCACAAGCACGUGGCUCCAGCCAGCCUGCCCGCGCAGUACGGCGGCGACCUGAGCCUCCCGGAGGGCACCUCCGUCAAGCUGCACCAGAGCUUCGUCCUGUUCGAGGAGGAGUUCCGAGAGCACGAGAAGUACGGCUACACGAGCUAGUCGCAGAGCACGUUUCACGCUGGGGUCUCAGCUGCUCUGUGACGUCACACGGCGCUACCUCCGCUACUGACGAGAGCUGCUCCCUCUCUUUGCGAGUGUGGUAGCGCCCAACCUACCUUCUCGCGCUCCUCGUUUCUAUGUACUUUACGCAGCGAACUCAUGAAUUGAUAAUGUUAAUUGUAAAAUACUAAGUAUAUGUUUUCAUCUGUAUUUUUUUAAAGUCGAGUUCACUUAUUACAAUUUUGUUGUAAAGUUAUUACAAUAGCACUAGUAAGAACAAGUGGAAUAUUUGUUGUAAUAAAUAAAUAUCUCGUUUAGACAAGAAAGUCAGAUAAUGGAAAUCAAUAUAAAAUAAAAACAAUAAAUAUAUUUUAAAAUGUACCAUUACCGUCCAAGUUAAUAGACGCUGCAACUUGUGACCCAUGAAAUCCAAAAGUAUGCAUUUGUGUACUUAGGCAAUCAAACUUGAGCGUCCGUUAUAAUCUUAUUUGUAUUGUUUUACUUAUUUCAACUUGUUUUUGUCCAAAACAAUGACAGUGAAUAAUAGACAUUCUUAUGUCGCAGUAACUAGAACAAAUAUUUUCUACUCAUCUUGAUUUUGAGGCAUUGCGGAUUUCUAUGUACGUCAAAUUUUCUGCGUUCUUCUAAGGCGAAAUUAUUCGAAGGAAAAAUUGUGUAUUCAGCAAUUCAUUCUAGAUAGAACGUGUGCUUAGUUUCUUAGGCGACUGAAAUGGAAAAUAAAACAUGUGUGGUAAUGGGUCGGGGCAGUAAGUUUCCGCGGAAACAACUGGACUCUCACUAGACUGCAGCAGCAGUUCUUCCUUGUGAUUGGUGGCCUUCUGCAGAGACGCCAUUGCCUUAUUUGGCCGGACCAUUCAGGUCACGAUUGCUCCUCCACAAUAGACAUACAUAUGGAAGGAACAAUAACAGGUGCUACAUUGUUUCUACUUUUGCAGCUAUUUUCUAAAUCUUAUCAAGAAAAAACACGUGCCUCUAAUAUUGGGUAACAAUGUCACCUAAACAUUUAAAUUUGCUGAUAUUUUCAAAUAAGUGAAUGUGUUAGAGUUGGUUUUAAAAACAACAAUAUUGGCAUUUGUUAAUUUGGAUUAUCUUAAUUGCAGGCUCUUCGUGUCAAAAAUGUUAAGACCAUUUUGUUGCAAUCCAUUGUCAUUAUCACCAAAUUGAAAAAGUACUUAUAAUAGACAUCUGACAAGAAAAUGAUCAACGUUAACGCUGCUAUCUACUCUGUUCAAAAUAUUGUAACUUGAAAUUGUAAAAGCGUAUUAUUUUUCCAUCAGGUUAUCACAAAAUUUCUUACUUAUUCUCAUACCUACACUAACAAGCAAAUUCAUUAUCUUAAGAUAUGAAACUUUAUGUCUGUCUCAAAGUAAAUAAGAAAUUUAGGAGUAUACUAAUAUAAGCGAAUCAUAAAAUAAAAAAAAUGGUUUGACGUUUUUAUUGUAAAUAUGCUAGUAAAUUCUUUUGAUACUGUAUUUGUAAUACACUGUUUUGUUUACAAUAAAUUUUGAUUUUUAAAAAG